AUGAUUCCAAAGGCAUUCACCAACACGAACGUCUUCAAGACAGUUCUCCCUCGACAGAAUGGGUGGUUAAAUACUUUGUGCCUCCGAGAACGCCCAGUUAAGAGCCAUUAUGGAAGACCGGCAAACACGCAUAACCGUACACGAAGGACAGUGACAAGCACUUCAAAACUCAACGCACUUAUACCACAGAACAGCUCCCUCAUCGAGAAACUCUGUGCUGUCAAUGAGCACAUCUUCAGGCACAAGUUCCCGGUGCUACAGCCUUCACCACCACCAUCCUCGCACCCACUACUUUUUUUAUCUGCUACCAAAAAGGCAACAGGCAAGGAAUCCAAGCACUCCAAGCUCACCACUGCCCAAGCCUCCCGCGCCAUACAGCCCGAAAGUAGGCCAUCCGUGUAUUCGUUUGUAUACCUGCCCUACUGCAACCACCUCAAGUACUCUCAAGUACGAAAGCUCUUGAGAACACUCAAGAUCCAACAGUCAUACAGUGGUAUGUCUGUGAAGACCGCUUUUGAUACCUUGGAUCGUCGGAUCCAUUGCUGGUCUGACACACCCACAAAACUGACCAUGUGUGCCAACGACUUGUCUACAAGCUACACCGCCAACGUCUUCUCGCCCUCUGCCUUCGUCUCUCUCCCGUCUACCUUGAGCAGUAUUUGGAAGAUUGAACUCUUUUGUCUGGCCUGCCCAAAGUCCGGAUUUAAAUCCCACCGAGAAUUUAUGAAGUACUCUGGAAAGGCGAAUCGAUAA